AAUAUAGAAUAUACUUCAGAUAUAGAGCUGAACUUUGAUUCUGAAUAUACUACUAGUGCCAAUUUUCAAAGUAAUAUCGAUACUGCUAGAGAACAAUCUAUAGAAAAAUCUAUAGAUGAACCAA